AUGGAAGAGGACCAGGAGCUGGAGAGGAAAGCAAUAGAAGAACUGCUUAAGGAGGUGAAACGUGGAAAAACCAGAGCAGAAACGAUGGGACCUAUGGGGUGGAUGAAGUGUCCUCUUGCUGGUACAAAUAAAAGAUUUCUAACGAACACAAUUAAGAACACAUUGCCCCCACAUAAAGAGCAAGACCAUGAACAAAAAGAGAGCAAUAAGGAACCUGUGAAUAACCAGAACCAGAAAGAAGAAAACCCAAAGAAGCACCGAACCCAUCCAUACAAGCCCAGCUUCCGAGCACGAAGUAGAGGCAGUUAUUCUCCGCCACGGAAGCGGAACACCAAGGAGAAGUAUGGAAAGCAUUCAAACAAGCGAUGA